AGAGUCGUGAGAACAAUUGAAUUCCAAACAGCUCUGUUUGAUUUGGUUUCUUUCCUUUUCUAUUCUUCCUGUAAUAUCAAACAUAUUCACCAUGUCAUCUCGAACAUUGGGCUUGGGCAUUAUCGGUGCAGGGGAAGUUUUCCAAGUAUGCCAUGGACCUUCGCUUCUGCUCUUGUCCCAUCUAUUCCGGAUUGAGUCUAUCUGCGAUGUGUCGACCAAGACAAUCGACCAUUGCGCUGCCAAGUUCUUCGUUCCGCACAAGACGACUACCCCGCAGGAGGUCAUCGACCACGCCAAGGUCGACGUGGUCCUCAUCUUGACUUCGGAUGAAAGCCACGCACCAUUGGCGAUUGCUUCUCUGCAGGCUGGCAAGCAUGUCUUUGUUGAGAAGCCCGUGACUCUCUCCUUGCCUUCUCUGGAGAGUAUCAUCAAGGCAGAGGAAAAUGCACCCAACGGCGCUCGUGUGUUUGUGGGGUAUAUGCGCCGCUAUGCCCCCAGCUUUGUCGAAGCGUUCAAGAGAGAGAUUGCUUCAAUUCCCAAAAUUCUCUAUGCCCGAGUCCGUGAUUUCAGCGGUCCGAAUACAAACUUUGUCAACCAAAGUGGUACCUUCCCGGUCAAGCAUUUUGACUAUCCAGCGGGCGCUUCAGAAGAGCGCAACUCUCGUCUGGAUGCCCUGUAUGCGGAAGCGUUCCCCGGGCAGGAGAUUACAGUGGAAAAGCAGAAGUUCUGUCGCUUCUUGGGCAGCUUGGGCUCGCAUGACAUUUCCCUUAUGCGUGAGAUUCUGGGAUUCCCCGAAACCGUCGCUGGAGUCUCUGCCAACGACCCCUUUUACAGUGCUAUGUUGACCUUCCGCAACGCUGAUGGUUCCACAUACUCGACUACCUAUGAGAGCGGCAUUGAUGAGGUUCCAGUCUUCGAUGCGCAUGUCACCGUGUACGGUGCUAAGAAGAGAGUCACUAUCAAGUAUGACAGCCCCUAUGUCAAGGGCCUCCCAAUUUACGUGGAGGUUGAUGAGGUCAAUGAGCAAGGCGAAGUCCAGCACCGCUCUAUCCUCUCUUCUUACGAGGAUGCCUACACAGCAGAGCUUCAAGAAUUAUAUGAUGUUAUCGUCAACGGCAAGCCCAUUAAGACCACGGUGUCGGAUGCUAGGCAAGAUCUUCAGAUCUAUGAUAUGAUGUACAAACGAUGGACUGCUACUCAAUAGAGAUAGACCAGUUAUAGUCUGAAAGAUAAAAUGACUUGAUUUACAUUGAUGAAGUUAUAGUUUCUGCCUUUAGAAAAUAAAUAUGUAUGCC